UACGCAGCGAGCGGGUCUCGCAGUUUAGCGGAGACUCGUAAAUCGCCGGGGCGCGCGUUAGUCGCGUCAACGAUACCGCGAGACAAGCCGUAUCGUUAAGAUCGAGGCCGCGUUUCGCAGCCGUUAAGUCGAUUCCGAGUCUAUUCCGAGGCAGUACACAAUCCCUGCUUGCUAUCGACCUGUUCCAGAGAUCGCAAUGCGGACGAAGCUGCUGCAGCUGCUGCUGGUCGCGCUGCUCCUGGCGGUGCUGAUCGCCGACACGUCUGCCCAGCGCAAGCGGAAAUAUCGGCGUCGAACGACCACGACGGAGGCACCCGCGCAAGAUGAGGUCAUGAACAUGCUGGAAGCUGACGAAAUGGCCGAGGAGGAGGCGGAGGCGGCGGCGGCGGCGGCGGCGGCGGCUGACGCUGAGCUCACUCUUGAAAAUGGCAGAAACGAGGUUGGAUCGAAGCAGCAGCGUUUGCUCCUGGCGGAUCCGUGCACCGAUAAACACUGCGGCGCUGGUCGCGUCUGCAAGAGCACGGAGGAGGGCACGGCCGAGUGCGUUUGCGUGGAGGUCUGCAACCAGGAGGUCGAUCCCCGUCGCAAGGUGUGCACCAACUACAACGAGACCUUCGGCAGCGACUGCGAGGUCUACCAGGCGCGCUGCUUCUGCGACACCGGUGACGCCAGGUGCAAAGGCCCCGAUUAUCAGCAUGUCCACAUUGUGUAUUACGGCGAGUGCCAGCAAAUGCCUAUGUGCAAGGAGGAGGAGAUGUCCGAUUUCCCCCGGCGAAUGCGCGACUGGCUGUUCAACAUCAUGCGCGACCUGGCGGACCGUCAGGAGCUGCCGUCGCACUACCUGAAGAUGCAGCGCGAGGCUGAGAUGAAUCACACGUUGCGCUGGGCGAACGCGGCCAUCUGGAAGUGGUGCGACCUGGAUGGCCACCCGCACGACCGGGCCGUGUCGCGCCACGAGCUCUUCCCGAUAAAGGCGCCCUUGAUGGCCCUCGAGCACUGCAUCGCGCCCUUCCUGGAUUCCUGCGACGCCGACGGCGAUCACAAGAUCACGCUGAUCGAGUGGGGCAAGUGUCUGGAGCUCGACGAGGACGACAUAGACGACAAGUGCGAGGAGCUGGCGGAGGCGCACGAGCAUUACUAGAGGCGCGUCUUCGUCGGUGAGAGAGAGAGAGAGAGAGAGACGGGCGCGAUCGGAGCACGGACGAGGCACGCAGCGGGAACAAUAGCAGGACGACAAACGGCCGAGGGCGCAAAGGACCCGGCCAAGUGACGCGCAGCAUAGCGGCAGGGGCAGAGAGAGAGAGAGAGAGAGAGAGGGGGGAGGAGAGAGAGAGAGAGAGAGAGAGAGAGAGAGAGAGAGAGAGCGAGAGCGAGAGAGAGCGAGAGCGAGAGCGAGGGCGACAGUAGUAGACGACGACGACGACGACGACGAUGGGGAGCCGGGUAAAAAUGGCGGGAAAAAUCGCGGCCUGGCGCUCCGGUCGGCGACAGCGCGGCCAACGCGCAGUCUCCGCACGCGUCGCCGAGUCGAUACCGCGACGCGCGCGAGAGAGGCAUCUUUACUGUACGCCUCUCUCUGCGCGGUGCCUUCUCGCCACGAUAUACGUGCCGAGCACGACAGCCAGCACACACCGCAGCAGUGCUGGCGACUCUCGGGUCGCCGCCGCGCCUCAAUAAUCCAAGCUGUCGUCUCGCGCGCACUCGUCGCCGAGCACGUCGUGAUCGCAGCGGAUUCGUGGUAGUACGCUGCGCGACGCGACGCGGCGGCCCGACGGAGGAGCCUCCUGGCUUCUCUCUCCGGGCACGGCCCGGCUCCGUAUUUUCGAACAUUCGACAUUCGGCGUCUCUCGAUACUUAUGAUCGCGCGAUUCGAUUAAUUUGAAUUCGAGUAGAACGGGUCUCGCGGCGGCGCGGCGUGUGAGCGGUAGAGUUCUCCUUCACGAAUAUUCACGUGCGAUUAGAAAUCCGGACAGACGGACAGACAGAGAGAGAGAGAGAGAGAGAGAGAGGGAGAGAGAGAGAGAGAGACAGAGAGGGAGGGAGGGACGAACGUAUUCGAAAGUCCGGGGGAUUCUACAGGAAGCCGCAAGUAUAUACCACCAACUUGGAGUCAUUUGCGUCCGAUUCCGCGAUCAUCCAGCCGCCCGACGAUGAUCCGAUAAAUUUUCUACGUGGAAAUUGAUCGUUUUGCUUCUCUCUCGAGGGGGAGAGAGAGAGAGAGAGAGAGAGAGAGAGAGAAAGAGAGAGAGAGAGAGAGAGUGAGUUUGUCGUGCACCGCUCGCAAAGUUCGCGUCGAACGCACGAGAGGAGAUUCGACAGAGGAAGCUUCGCUCGCGCCCGUCCCGUAUAGCAGAAAUUUUCGCGUCUCCCCGAUUCGCCACGCACGCCUUUUCCAAUGUGCAAUCUUUUGUAUGAAAUCACUGCCCCUUUUUCUGCCAAUAAAGAGAAAUAAUGCUGUUA